UUCCCGUUUUUCUCCUGCUCCCCUCCCCGUGUUCGGUUUGCAUGCAUUGUCUGUCUCCCAAGAUGGUUUGUGAGACCAAGAUUGUGGCAGAAGAUCAUGAAUCAAUCCCGGGCUCUAAAAAGGACACGAUCAUUGUUUCCUCCUCCCAAAUGUGGCCGUCUUUGGCGGGUUCUCCUUCAUCAUCCCCCCCACCUCCCCUCACUCCCCCAAAAGAGGACCCUAGGCGCGACAAUGUCUAUAUCCGCGAGUUCCACCCCUCGGAGCAGGAGGUUGUGCGCCGCAUCUUUUACGAGGGGAUCAUGGAGCGGAUCCCCAACACGGCCUUCAGGGGGCUGCGGCAGCAGCCCCGCACCCAGCUGCUCUACGGGCUGCUGGCCGUAAUAUGCUUUGUUGUGACCAAGUCCUUCCUGCUGACCUGCUGCUUGCCCAUCUUUCUGAUGGGCAUGAGGUACUACUUCAGUAGAAAAGUUAUCCUCCACUAUCUCGAUUGCGCCCUGCGCACGGACAUGUCUGAUAUUGAGCAAUAUUACAUGAAACCACCAGGCUCCUGCUUCUGGGUCGCUGUCCUGGAUGGCAACGUGGUGGGGAUCGUGGCAGCGCGAGGCAACGAAGAAGACAACACCGUGGAGCUGCGCCGCAUGUCCGUCGACUCCAACUACCGCGGCAAAGGCAUCGCCAAGGCCCUGGGCCGCAAAGUGCUGGAGUUUGCUGUGCUCAACAACUACUCCUCGGUGGUGCUGGGAACCACGGCUGUCAAGAUGGCAGCCCACAAGCUCUACGAGUCCUUGGGCUUCAAGCACAUGGGGGUGGUUGAACAUUACGCCCUGCCGGGGAUGACACGCUCCUUGCUGGAGAGAAUGUUUUUCCAGGUCCGCUACCACCGCUACCGCCUGCAGCUGCGGGAAGAAUAAAAGAAACCCGACCAAACAGCCACAAAAA